AUGAAGCUCGGUACAGUCGUCCACUCGCAUGGAUACAAUGGGCUCCAAAUUCUGUGGCGGAUCACGACCGACGAAAUCGAGGUGAUAUUCCUGAAGAGCCACUUCCUCCUUGCGGGCAUUUAUCAUGUUCGCUAUGUCUCCGCUCGUGAACCCAUGGCAUCCCCGUACUGCGAGUUCGCUCAUCGAUGGGCACAACCACAACCAUCGGUCACGGUCGUCCGCUACAGAUAA